AUUAGGGAAAUUGAACAUAAAUAUAGAAGUAUGGAACAACGUGUAAUAUCAAGGUCAGAACUAUACAACAAAGAAGACAAUAAAUUAGAGACUAAUGAUAAUAUAAUUGAUUUCCCUCAUGAAGAGUUAGAAAUAGUAGAUGUGGUGACAAAUGAAGAAAAAAAUGAUAUAGAAGAUCCACACAAGGAAGAUUUUGAAUUCUUUCCACUUUUUGCUGAUAAUGGACUGACAAAAGUUACAAUUGGAAUAAAUGAAAGGGUUAAUGAUAUUUCUAAGAUAGAAGAGUUAGAAGGGAAAACCAGGGACAUUGUUGAAUAUGCCAAACAAGAAAGGAAUACAGAAUAUUAUUUCAGUCAUUACACAAAUAAAGAGAUCAAACAGUUCGAAGAAGCUGCAAUAAAUGCUGGGACUUUACAAAAAUAUUCUUACCCAAGAACUUUAUAUGGAAAAAGAGAUCGAUACGUAUUAGAUAUCAAAGAACAUAAUUCAAAGAUAGAUACAGAACAACUACGAACUAAAAAAUUAAAGAGAAGAAGACCUAGUCAAAGGCAACGUCUUGCACGCAAAUUAGGAAAGCAACAUGAACAGGAAAGAUUAGAAUUAAAGUUAUCGUUGAAGAAAAGAUUCCGUAAAAGAGGUGGUAAAAAGAAUAGAAAACCUAAAUUGAAUCCAUUAGCUAAUGCUGGCGCCACAACCACUGUCUCAACGUAA